AUGUGUCGUACCGAAAGGCUAACAGAGGGAAAUGCUCCAGUUUGCGUUGAAUGUGAAAACGACACGAUGGAGGAGCGGGAGAACGACGUGGACCUUGGGGUCCCGGAUAUGACAAUGAUGCCGCAAAUCACAGAACAGGCCAUCAACGACAACCUCAAGAAGCGAUACAUACACGACUUAGUUUACACAUACACAGGAUCCAUUCUAGUCGCAGUUAAUCCUUACAAGGAGUUAGGAUGCUACACAACGGAACACAUGAAAGAGUAUAGAGGCAAAGCCUUCGGAACAAUGGCACCACAUGUGUUUGCGCUGGCUGAAUCAGCGUACAGCUCACUUCAGAAUGGUGAAAGGAACCAGUCUGUGGUGAUAUCUGGAGAGAGUGGUGCCGGCAAAACUGAGACUACAAAGCUUAUUCUGCAGUAUUUGUGUGCUGCGGGCGGGCAGGCCUCCUGGGCUGAGCAACAGAUAUUAGAGGCCAACACAGUACUAGAAGCGUUCGGUAACGCUAAAACUGUCCGCAAUGACAAUUCAUCCCGCUUCGGCAAAUUCGUCGAAGUUCGGUUGGAUCACCGCGGUGGCAUCAAAGGCGCCGUGCUCAGAGAUUUCUUACUGGAGAGAGCGAGGAUCACGGGACCAGCACCAAAGGAAACUAAUUACCAUGUAUUUUAUCAACUCGUAGAGGGUGCUAAGCACAAUGCAGAACUUCGCACAUCACUGCGUCUUCGCGAAGGCGUGCAAUACAAAUACCUUCGUCCUGAAGACGAAGAGGCUCACAGGGGUCGUGGCGGUGAACAAGGCAAGCUAGAAGCGUUGCAGCUAGCUCUCACUGUAUUACAAGUCCCGCCUCACAUGUGCGAAGGGCUAUUCAAAGUGCUUGCAGCCAUUCUUUGGCUUGGAAAUAUACAUUUUGAGGAUGUGGAUGGUGAACGCACUACUCUAGCCGCUGAAGACUCGGAAGCGGUGGACGCAGUAGCCAACUUAUUGGGACUACCGUUGCCAACCGCACGUAGAGUACUGUUGGAGAGACAGAUCAACGUGCGCGGCAAUGUCACUGACAUUCCACUACGACUGCCCGAGGCCCGCGAGAACCGUCACGCGAUGGCGCGUGCGCUGUACGCGCGCACAUUCGCGUGGCUCGUGCGGCACGUCAACAGCUGUUCGGCGCCGGGCCGCGCGGCUCGGGCUCUGGGCGUGCUCGACAUAUUCGGCUUCGAGAACUUCGGCACCAACUCGCUCGAGCAACUCUGCAUCAACUACGCCAACGAGAAACUACACAUGUUCUUCAACAACUACGUGUUUGCGCUCGAACAGGAGAUUUAUCGUCAAGAGGGUAUCGUCUACAAUCAAAUUCCAUUUACGGACAACGGGGCAUGUCUCGAGUUACUGGAAAAGCCACCACGAAGCUUACUCAAACUGCUUAGUGAACAGUGCCACAUGCCUAAGGGCUCAGACAGCGCCUAUCUAACAAACAUCAAAGGAGAAUUCGGCGAACACCAGAGCUUCGUGAAAGGCGACCGGAGAAAAUGGGAAGAAGAAUUCGGGGUACAGCACUACGCCGGCAACGUCAGUUACAGCGUGAAAGGCUUCGUCGACAAGAACAGGGAUACGCAACAAGACGCGUUCAUAGACCAUCUGUCUCGUUCUACCAACCCAUUUGUGAGAGAGCUAGCUGACUAUGUUCACGAUCUGGCACCGCCUGGACAGGACACGUCACUAUCGAGUCCAAACUCAACGGGCACGACACAGCGUGGCACAUCCAAAGGGCGUCCCACGGUCGUGGACACAUUCAGGGCUCAAUUGCAAUCCCUUGUCGAUAUGCUACAAGCUACUGAUGUAUGGUAUGUUCGGUGCAUAAAGCCGAACAAGAACAAGGACGCCGGCAAGUACGAUGAUCAACUCGUAAUGGAACAGCUUCAGUACCUUGGCAUGAACGAGAUUGUCCGGAUACGCAGGGAUGGUUACCCGAUACACCUGCCCACGCCGCACUUCCAAGCUAGAUACAGAUGUCUGCUGUCGCACCCCAGACCUAAGAAUCCGGAAAUAAGCGCAAUAACAGCGAUAGUGAAUGCUCCGAAGAACGACUGGCAGAUCGGUCACACGAAGAUAUUUAUGAGGUCGUCAGUACAUGCGCCACUCGAGGCGAAGCGGAGUGCGCUCUUGCAGUCCUCUGCUCUGCGUAUACAGAAGUGGUACAAGGGGUGCGUGGCUCGCGCGCAGUACGUGGUGUGGCGGCGCGCGGCGGUGGUGCUGCAGGCGGCGUGGCGCGGCUGGAAGGAGCGCGCCGCCUUCCUGCGCAUGCGCCGCGCCGCGCUCACGCUGCAGCGCCAUCUGCGCGGGGCCUUCGCGCGGGAGGUGGCCGCCGCGCUGCGCGAGAUGAAGCGCGUCAACCAGGAGAUCAAGCUCCGGGAGGAGAGGAACAGUCUUCAAGAAAAGGUGAACUUAGAACGUGCCGAGCUGGAAAACAUGGCCGACCAACUUCGAGGGUUGUCUUGCCCGACGAGCACCCGAGCGGAGUCCGUGAACUUGGACAAUUUGUUCGACUUCUUAGCAGACGUACCGACACAGCGCGGAGCGCCCGACGGGGAACCUGACGCUCACCAGCCUACUAUAGCAGAAAUAGGAGAUUCGAUGGAACGACUCGCAGAUGAUCUUCAUCAAGAGCUGGAGCAUGUUUUAGCCGCCGAGAUGAAUGAACUAAGCAAGUCUCAUACGGAGGCUCAGCGCAAGCCGGACGGAGCGCCGUCGGAUGCCAUCCCUCCGCCCCCGCCGAGCUCGCUCCCCAUUCAGCCCAUCAUGCCCCCAGCCCCACCGCCACCGCCUCCAGAUAUGACCUCAUCUAUGAAUGGUGUAAUGUCGACAUCUUUGACCAAUGGUAUGUCGCCGAUGUCGAACGGCGACGCAAUGACGUCAUCGUUGAUAAUGCCCCCGCCGCCGCCCAACGAGCCCAUGACGGAGGAUUCCCCGGUGUUCCCGCCACCGCCCGUCACGUGCUCCCUCCCAGAACCGGCUGGACCACCGCCACCACCACCUUCAGCCAUCAAAGCUAUAACACCGCCAGAACUUACAAACGGGGUGAUUCCUAACGGAAAACUGCCGGUUGUGAAGGGCAAAGAGCCUAUCUACGAGGCAGUAAUACCGCGGCCUGGAACUGACAACACUGCCCCAGUACCACCUCCUCCGCCAACUGACAAUGGAUUUGUCAUCCAAAAAACAAAAGAGCUUGAAUCAGAAACGGAACCUUCAGAUGCCCCACUCCCGCCGCUACCGGUAGCCGAGACCCCCGCAUCGCCACCCCCAGUACCCAUGGACACUUGUAUCAGUCCACCUCCUGCCAUGAAUGGAGAGGCCACAGGCUAUGACCGCAACGCACGCCGUAAGGAACGCGUAGAGCGUCGACUUCACCAACUGGAGGCACCUCCCCCCACCACCCCACCUGCUACAGACCCUCCUAACGAUAUCACAGAGUUCGCUAAACUAUACUUCAAUGACCAUCCGAGGUCACCCGAAGGUACAAUAAUAGCGACUUUGACACGUAAGAGCAAAUCUAUGGAGUUACUGACCAAAGAGGAGAUGAUCACAUACCACAAAGGCAAUAACAUUCCCACCUCACACAUACAACUGCACGAUCCUGACAGUGUCACCGCUGCCGUAAAUAUAUUUAGAGAUCUGUGUCGGUAUAUGCGAGGCGAAUUGACAGCAGACAAAGAAACACAAGUCAUACAGUCCAUUAUAGGCAAAGGUAUAGAGCGUGAAGAGCUGAGAGAUGAGAUUUUGGUGCAGUGCGUUAGACAGAUAACGGAGUGUCCGACGGAGGAGUGGGCGGAGCGCGUGUGGCUGGUGCUGUGCCUGUGCGCGGUGGCGUGGCAGCCGUCGCGCGGCCUGGCGCGCUACUACAGCGCGUGGCUGCGAGCGCGCGCUCGCCCGCCGCCGGGCUCGGGCGGCGCCAGCCCGCAGGCGGCCGCCGCUCCCGCCGCGCGCGCCGCGCACUGCGCGCAGUGGUGCCUCGACAACUGCCGCGGCGCCGCGCCGCGCCACCUGCCUCCCAGCACCGUCGAGAUCGCUGCAAUGCGUCGCCUGGGCACAAUAGUUUGCCGAUUCUUCUUCUUGGACGGCCGCACGAAAGCUAUCGACGUGCACCCAGCGGACACGGCCGCUGCUGCCGCCGCUCGUCUGGCUGACAAGCUGGGCCUUUCGCCGCACUCACGCACGGGCUGGGCCGUGUACCAACAGCGAGCCGGUACUGAGGAACACGUGCGAGCCACACAUUACCUGUAUGAUGUGAUAGCUGCUUGGGAAAUGCAACAAGGUCCUGGAGGUGGCUCAGCCGACAAUCGCUUCGUGUUUAAACGUCGUCUGUUCCGCGGGGGACGUGAGCUGCCACACGAUCCUGUUGAAGUGGCGCUCCUCUACGCACAAGCCGUGCACAGCGUGGUCAAGAUGGAUGAGUUCCCAGUUUCGGAGAAGGUGGCUCUGCAGCUAGCUGGUCUGCAAGCACAGGUGUCUUUGGGCGAACCUCCACCCAGCCCGCCGCCCCCUCACACUCGUGCAUACUACGCACAGCCCGAACAAUUCCUGCCGCAGAGGAUUGCAAGGGCCAGACCAGCUCAUCAAUGGGCGACGAUCCUGGCUCAAGCGCACCGUCAGUACGGCGCAGGACGCGCGGAGUUGACUGCCAAAGCACUGUACCUGUCUUGUGUGAUGCAGUACCCGCUGUAUGGCGUUACUCUAUUUCCUGUCACAUAUAAGGGAUAUUGGGCUCAUGGUCCCAACGUGUUGUUGGGUGUGGGAUCCGAAGGCGUGGUCUUAGUCAGACCCACGGACAAAGUGGUGCUUGCUGAGUACCCAUACUCCAAUAUUGCGGCUUUGCUUAUGGAUCCUGUAGAUAAUGGGCUCACUAUCAGCUUGACACACCAUGGCCAACAUGAUGGACACAGGUGCAUAGUGCUGGAGUCCAGCGCGAAGCACGAAGCUGCGUGGUUGAUGGCGGCGUACAGCCCGGUGCUGGGCAACGGGCUGGCGGACGAGCCCCCGCGGCGUGCGGCGCCCGCGUCGGAGCGCUCGCGCCUGGCCGCCGCGCUGCGCAGCGCUCGCCGCGCCAUCGUGGACGCCGGCGUGCUACGUCGCCCCGCGGACGCCACGCCCGGCAAUUUCCUCAGGAACACGUUACGCAGAUUAAGUAAGCAUAGACUAGAAAAGUUACGCCUGGACAUGGCGGCGGAGUCUUCUGGAGAGAGUUACAAGAAUUUCCCGGCCGGAUAUUGGUGCUGGUCGCGGACCCUGCCGCAUAGCCUCACCAAGCUCAACGAGGCUGAAGAAGUGGCCGCUAUGCAAAUAUUUAAGGAUAUAAUGAGCCACGCGGGGCUAAAUACGAACGAAUCAGGUAGCACAACGAACCUGGCCAACAACAACGUGGCCGCUGUAACUCACGAGGCGGACAGCGACGAUCGCACCGCGCUCGCUCAGGCGUUGCUGCAACGAUGUCUGCAGAAGGACACGCUCCUGUGUGAACUGUACAUGCAACUCAUUAAGCAGACGACUGAGCACCCGGACCCUUCGUCGCGCGUGUCGGCGCGGCACUGGGCGCUGCUGUGCGCGGCGGUGGGCGCGGCGCUGCCGCCCGCCAAGCCGCUGCGGCGCCUGCUGCUGGCGCACCUGCGCUACCGCGGCACCGCGCUGCACGCCGGCGAGGAGGGCAAGUUCGCGCGCCGGGCCGAGCAGGUGGCGCUGAGUAUAGCGCAAGUACCCCGCCGUCUGGCAGCACCGUCGCGUGAAGAGAUCCUGUGUGCGGCGGCUCGAAGGCCCAUGCACGUACGCGUGCUGCUGCUGGACGGCAAACAGCACGGGCUCGUUUUCGGCCCCGCCGCCACCGCCGACCACCUCGUCACCAUGCUGCGCGAGAAGAUCGGCCUCAGCGACGCCGCCACCGGCUACGCGCUGUACGAGGUUUGCGCUAAUUCGACCCCGGCCGGUGCGGGCGAGCGCGCGUUGAGCGGGACCGAGCGCGUGGGCGACGUGCUCGCGCGGUGGGAGAAGGCCGGAGCCACGGCUGCUGCGUGCAGAUUGGUGUUUAAAAAGCGUCUAUUUUUGGGUGAGCGCCCUCUACAAACAACGUGUGCGGCGGAGAUGGAACUUCUUUACUACCAAGUUUUACACUCAGUACGGCAUGACCGAUUACCCAUCGAGACUGAUGAAGCCGUGAUGUUGGCGGCGUUACACGCGCAAGUUGUGAAGGGCGAGUGCGCGGGCGGGGGCGAGGAGUGCGCGGCGGCGGCCAGCGCCGUGCUGCCGGCGCGCCUGGCACAGCCCGCGCUGCCCGCGCCCGCCGUGCGCCUGCACCACCUGGCGCUGCGCGGCACGCCGCCGCCCGCCGCCAUGCAGCGCGCGCUCACGCUGGCCUCGUCGUGGCCGCUCACGCGCGCCACCAUCUUCGACGUGAUGCAGUCGUUCACUUCCAACUGGCCGCGCGCGCUUUGGCUGGCCGUGGACGCCCGCGGCCUCACGCUACUGCGGCGCAAUUCGCGCGCUGCGCUCGUGUCACACGACCACGACCAGCUGCUGGCCGUGUCGCCCGCGCCGCGCGCUCUGCUGCUCGUCACGCGGGCCGACAGAAAGCACGCUAAACUCGUGCUUUCCACCGACCAGGCGUACCAGAUCGCGACUCUGAUCAAGGACUACAUCGAGGCAGUCCGCGGGCCCGUGUCCCCGGCCGUGGCGGGCGUGGCCGGCGCUGGCGGCGCCGAGGCGGGCGCACCGCCGUCGUGA